UGCGUCACUUCGUCUUUCUUCUGCGUUUUGCAUUCGUAACUGACGGUCGUGUCUAGACCUUAGUUUUAGUUUAUUGUUACUUUAAGUCUAUUCAUAAGUCAUGGCUAAUAACGAUAACUUCGCACAAGAUAUUACUGAAAAUCAAGUAAACGGAAACGCGGAAAAUGGCGGAGGAGAUGGUGGAUUAGAACAAAAUAGUGCCGAUGCCCCAGGACGCGAUGAUGACAGAAAGCUAUUUGUGGGUGGAUUGAGCUGGGAAACAACAGACAAGGAAUUACGUGAUCAUUUUAGUGCAUAUGGUGAAAUAGAGAGUAUCAAUGUCAAGACUGACCCCAACACUGGCCGAUCACGAGGCUUCGCAUUUAUUGUGUUUAAAAGCCCUGAGUCGAUCGACAAAGUUAUGGCCGCGGGCGACCACACUAUCAAUAAUAAGAAAGUUGAUCCUAAGAAGGCUAAAGCCAGACAUGGAAAAAUAUUCGUUGGUGGUCUCAGCAGUGAAAUCUCAGAUGAUGAAAUCAAGAAUUUCUUUGGAAAUUUCGGGACGAUAAUAGAAGUUGAGAUGCCUUUUGACAAAACAAAAAAUCAAAGGAAAGGUUUCUGUUUCAUUACAUUUGAGUCUGAACAAGUUGUGAAUGAACUUCUCAAGACACCCAAACAGACUAUUGGAGGCAAAGAGGUUGAUGUGAAGAGAGCGACGCCCAAACCUGAUGGGCCCGGUGCAAUGGGCGGGCGGGGAGGCCGCGGAGGACGGGGUGCGCGGGGUGGGCGCGGAGGGCGCGGCGGCUACGGCGGCCAGGGCGCGUGGGGCAAUCAGGGCUAUGGCGGUUACGGUUACGGACAGGGUGGUUACGGCGGCGGCUACGAUGGCUACGGCUAUGGCGGCUAUGGCUACGACGGCUACGGCGGCUAUGGCGGAUACGAUUACUCCGGAUACCCGAAUUACGACUACGGCGGAUACGGAGGGUACGAGGGUGGCUACGGCGCGCGCGCGGCUCCUCGUGGGAAAGAUCUCGGUUGUACUGUAGGGUCAAAUUCGACAGCGGGUUACCAGGGUGGUAAACAACGCGGCGGUGGCGGCGGCGGAGGCGGCGGCCGUGCCAACCAGAGGCACCAGCCCUACUAGACAGUACCUGCCGACACGAUAGUCAUCUCACUCCAUUAAGGUUAAGUCCAGCGGAGAUGAGCGCGACCCGUGCCAGCUCACGGGUAGCCUCAUUCCAUUCCAUUCAAGUAAAUUAAGAAAACUUAAAUAAGAAGAUUUUAAGUCAAAAAGUACGUCGCUAAGACGUGGCCGCCUCUGGCCUCUGAUAAAAUUAUUAUAAUAUAGUAUGGAUUAAUAGAUUACUUGAGUAUUAUUGAAUAAAUUCAAUUUUGAAUGAUUAACAUUAACUGAUUGUUAAGUAACUGCAAUCCCGUUUGCAACGUAACUGGCAUUUUUGGUACCAAUGGAAAUAUAUUCACAAUACCACUUUGACUGAUGUAUUAAAUUAAUAGAUAAGAGAAUGUGCUUAAUUAUUAAUAUUUGUUUUAUCGGUUUUUUUUACUUUAGGGUUUAUUUUACGCCGGUUACGUUGUCAUAGUGAAACAAUUAUGAUAGAGCUUAAUUCCAUGGCCCAAUCCCUAUGGAGGCGUGCGCGGGUGUCAGUAUGCAAGAGUAGCGUGAUUGUUAUUUUGUUUGUGAGCGUGACCCCUUAUUCUCCCACCACCGCCUCCCCCCUCCGGAAGUUAAAGAUCUCUGGAACAUGUAGAUUUGUAUGUUUUAUUUGAUAUAAAUCGAACAAAAUCUGAUGUAUUUUAUAUGGAAUAGUGUUCUCCAAAUCGUAGGAUUGAAAUUAGUGUAAGUUCAGAUUUGAACAAUUCUAAAGAUAUACAAUUUGUGUAUGUCUAAUAAAGUGUAAAUAAAAUAUUGACUUCAGUGUU